AUGGACGUCCCCGACGACGCCUUCGCCGGCGUCCUCGUCCGCGCGCCGCCCGCCUCGACGUCCGCGCCCGGCGCCGUGGACCGACGCGAGCAUCGACAUCGAUAUUACCAAGAUCGCAACAAACGCUGGGCGUUCGCGUGCGACGACCGCGGCGCGACGCUGCUCGAACGUCUCUUCGCGCGCGGACGAUCGGCGAUCGAUGUGAUCGAUGCAGCGAUAGCGAGCGCGUGCGAACGAGAAGGGACGGUGGUGGAGGAGGUGAAACGAACGGGCGCGGCGACGUACUCGAAAAAGCCGAGCAUGAAGAGCGCGGACGUGACGUGGAGUCAGGAAGAGUACCGACACUUAGGACUCCAGAGGGAGUACGUGCGAUUUAAGUCGGUGCAGAGGUUCACGGAGACGUGGGCGUGCUUGGAGCGAGGGAUGUAUGGAGGGUUUUUGCGACGGGCGGAGCGCGGCGGGACGAUUCGAUGCGCGUCGCUGGGCGGCGGGCCGGGGUUUGAGUUGGUGGCGUUUCAGGAGUUUUUCAAAGCGCACUACCCGACCGUUGAGUUGGAUUUGAUCAGCUUAGACCUCGAGGAGUCGUGGCGGGCGUCUUCGGAGGCGUUGGGGUUGCGCUUCGCGCGUUGGGACAUGCGAGACGGAGGCGUCGCGGACGCGUGCGGCGUCCCGAAGAUUGAUUUCGCCAUCGCGAGUUACGUGUUCAAGAUGUACAUGUGCGAAGACGUCGUCGCAGAUUGGCUCGCGACCGAACUCACGGGAAUCGAGGCCUUGUUCGUGAUCAACCGUGACGAGAACUUGCGCGACGGGUGCGCGUUGAUGGAACGCCGAGGCGUGGACGUCACCAAGCUCUUGCCGCAAGCGAACGGUCGCGACGACCGUCAGCUCGUCUUCUCGCGCGGUCAAGAUUUUCCGCGUCCAUCUGGUGGAAUGGAGAACGCCGAACCGAGUGGCGGGUUCACGUUCCCGAACGUUCCGUACAUGGAACACAAGAGCUCGUCCAACCACCAACGCGGCGGCGGAUGGCGCGGCCACGGCUCCCAUCACGACCACGAUCGUCGUUCGCGACCGGACGAUCGACGCCGCGACCGAUGGUGA